AUGACUAAAAAACAAGUACUAUUGGCGGACAAGAUUGCCAGCAAAAUCAAUAGACCAAAGAUUCAGGAUUUCGAUAUAGAAGAUGAAGAGCACUUCACCACGUCAAAAAGCAAAGAUGUUUUCCAACAUAAAUCCGAUGAUGGGUCCUCAAAUUCAGAUUCAGAUAUAGAUAACGAGGGUGAAGAUGAAUUGGAAAAGGCUCAUUAUUUGGAGGUUGGAAAAUCAAAAUUGAGGGCUGAUACUCUUGAAUUGAAUGAUACUAAAUAUCACGGUGCUGUUGGUUCAAGAAAGGAUCUUUUCAAUAACGAGGAGCCUUCAAGAGAUGAACUUUCAGAACAAGAUGAUGAAGAAAAUAGCAGUGAUGCGUUAUCUUUCAAGACGGAUUCUGAAGAUGAAAUAAUGGAUGUAAAUGACAACGGAAAUGAUUCCGAAUCUAGUAACAAUGAAGAGGAAGAAGAGCGUGAGGAUAACGACGAAGAACUGCAAAGACUUCGUCUUGCUAAAUUGAUCAAACAAGAGACAAAACAAUCAAUGAAUAAAUUAUCUCAAUCCAUUCAACGUGACGCUUCUAAAGGUUAUUCCAUCACCAAACAAAAUAAAUUGUUUGAUAAUAUUAUAGAUUUAAGAAUUAAAUUACAAAAAGCUGUAACAAAUGCAAACAAAUUACCUAUAACAAAGGAAUCAUGGGAGCAAUAUGAACAAGAUAAUAAUAAAUCAAAUUCAUUAUUGACAGAAAAUUCAAACUUAUUAACCAAAGUUUUAUCACAAUUAAUAGAUUUUAGAAAAGACAUUCAAAAAUUUGAUAACAUAAAUCAAAACAAUGGUGAAGAACAUGAGGAAAUGAAAGCCACCGACAAGAAGAGAACAUUCAAAUCACUAACAAACGAAACAAACCAGUUAGAUUCAAACUUACAAAAAUAUAGGAAAGUCGUCUUACAUAAAUGGUCUAAGAAGAUCGAUGCAACAUCGGGUAAUUCCGCAUUAUCAUCUAAUAAGUUUAAAUCCAUAAAUCAACCAACUGAUAUUCAAGUGGAAAAUCAAUUAUCUGAUUUGACAAGAUUAAGGAAACGAACUUUAUUAAAUAGAAGAAAUGUCAUCCCAUUAGGUUUUCAAUCUGACUUGAAAGCAAACAGAUUGCAAUAUUUUAAUGAAAUGACAAAUCAAGAAGGUAACAACGAUAAAGAAGAAGAGGAUGAGAAUUUAGAUAUCCCAAAGAAUUAUGACCCAAGAAGGAAAGAUAAUAAUGCCAUUGAUACUACUGAAAAUCCAUACAUUUUCGAUGAUGAAGAUUUCUACCGUGUAUUAUUGAACGAUAUGGUUGAUAAGAAAAUUGCAAACGUUCAAAAUAACAACGGUUCUGCAAAUAAUAAUAGUGCCAAUGUUGCAGUGACGUUGACUUCUCGUUCCAAUAAUAAAUUAAAGAAAAACAUUGAUACUAAGGCAUCUAAGGGUAGGAAAUUAAACUAUUCCAUUCAAGAAUCGAUCGCUAAUUAUGAAACUCCAAUAAAUAAUGGUAAUUAUAAGUGGAAUGAUGAUCAAAUUGACGAAUUCUUUGCAGGUUUAUUGGGUCAAAGAAUUAAUUUCAACGAAGAUGAUGAAGAAGAAGAAGAGAAUAAUAAUGAUGAAGAACAACAGGAAGAUGUUGAAGCCAUCAAGAAUGACGACAUUCAAAUUUUCGGUUGA